AUGGAAAGUGGGAGCUGGGGUACGAAGGAUGGCCGAUCCCUCGGAGACCGAGGCUCCGGGUACAAGGGCGGAGACCGGCCUCGGGCCGGCUCCGCCAAGACCGGCGGAAGCGGAGUAUCAUCCGAAAUUGAAAGUACCAUAGUAAGUUGUCAUCACGAAGACCCUGGCGCUUUUUGGGGACUCUUCGCUCUAAAACAGAGCGGACUCGGCCUACUUCGCCCGACUGGCGAUGACGUGCUCAGGAAACACCGAGGCGGUCCCUUGGCAUAUUUGAGCAGGAGGCCAGGCCUUCAGAGCCUGCCUGAACGCCGCCUACGUGCCCCCGUACAUGAUGCGGUGCACCGACGGGACCAGAGCCAUGGGAUUUCCACCAAGGAGGGUCCCAUGCCUCUGCAGUGUUUGCAUGUGCAUACCAUCGCGGGUAUUCGUUCUCGGCACAAUCCGGUAGCGCGUCCUGGUUCUUCUGUUUCAUUGCUGCGGUACAGUCUGGAAGCACUUUCCAACAGAACCCAAGAGCCCUAA